UUCUCCGUGUACUUUCUGGAUCGUUAACGAAUGAUAUUCACAAGUACGGUUAGUCCGUCGCUGAGAAUCGGCCUUCGAUUACUCUGCGCGUGGCCGGACAUGCGAUACGUCGUCGUUCGCCGACUAGUUUUCAUGUCGAGCUUAAUUGUGGUGCAGUACUUUCAAUAUCUAUACCUAUUCGCGCACUUCAAGCUCGACGAGGUGCAGGAUCUUAUGGACAACUUGCCGACAACUUUAGAAUUUAGUUUAUCGGCUGUCAAGCUGAUGACUCUUUGGACAAAUCGUCGCGUUGUUCGCGAAAUACUGACUGGCAUGGACACAGAUUGGCGUGAGUGCGUGAACGUCGAUCAACAUUUGCACUUGAUGACGGCGAAAGCCAGUGUCGCGCACUUUUUCUCGAAUGCUUUGUUCAGUUUCAACAUAUUUGCUGCUGCGAUUUACUACAUCGGCAAUAACGCGAUUGCAAUCGUACAACAGUCAGAGGGAGACAAUGAUACCACGCGACCGUUUCCUAUGAAGAUACUCUUUCCCUUUGACACAGAUCAAUCGCCGAUCUAUGAGCUACUCUUCGCCGCCUUGUUUGUGCACGCUAUGUUUAACAUGUUAACGGUUACUGUUGUAAACUCGCUGAUUUUUACUCUGGUACUUCAUGCGAGCGGACAAAUCGAUAUCAUAUGUCAAGAGUUUAAAGCUUUCUCCGAGAACGUAUCCUAUUGCGGAUCUUCUGGGCAUAAUAUAGGAAUAAUGAUCGAAAAACACAAUAAAAUCAUCUCAUUUUCGGAGAAUGUCAGUAAGCUUUUCUCCUUGGUAGCUUUAAUACAAAUUCUUUUGAAUACCACAGUUAUUUGCGCCCUAGGAUUUGUCCUUAUGGCAUCUGGUAAAGAAAUUGGUAUCGGUCUAUUAAAAACCAUAUUCGCCUAUAGUGCUAUAGUAAUGGAAGUUUUUCUCUUUUGCUUUGUUGGAGAAUACCUAAGUCUUAAGAGUAAAUCACUCGCCGAUGCAGCGUACAAUUCUUUGUGGUAUAAUAUGACUCCUAAACGGAGUAAAAAUUUAUUAUUCGUAAUUAUGAGAUCUCAGAAACAACUGAAUAUCACGGCAGGAGGAAUGACUAAUUUAUCGUUAGAGGCCUUCGCGAGUAUCAUGAAAGCGUCAGCGUCAUAUGUGUCUGUCUUGUAUGCAAUGUAUUGAUAUCACUAUAAAUCUUAGCAGGUCCACGUUGAACCUAAAUGGCGUAAAUAGUACACGAAUGUUUAGAAAUUGUUAUUUAU